AAGAGAGAGAGUGGCUAAAGGGGAGAGGAAGAAAACGGGAAUAUCCUGACUUGGCAAUACUUCCGCAUUGUGCGUCUCUCUCUCUCCACUAAUGAUCUGUUUCUCUGGACCUGCUGAGAUGAUUCAUCCCCUCUCGGCUGCUGCUUGAACACCACAGACAGACAGACAGCAUGUCACUCCUGCCACCGCAGUGCCUGCUUCAUCUGUCCCAGCCGCUAGAGCCGCAUCCUGCCCGUAGCGUUUACACAGCAGCUGUCCUCAGUUGAGUGAGCGUCUAUUGAUUCCACCCAGCGAAAUGCACUGAACUCAACUGGAUCAUGUCUUCUGGGCUACUUUUGUUGUGCAUCUAAGCUGAGCUGAAUCUGAAGCUUCUAUUUCGGGACUUGUUUUGUGAAUACAUUUCCCAUGAGAAUGCUGAGAGAGUGAACCUGUGAAGAAAUCUUUCUCCCUGUCACGCAAGUCUUAUCGGUUUAUUUACCAGACGUUAAAAAGGUAAACCUUUUUAACGUCUGGUACGGCUCUGAAAAGCAUCCUCCUUCUUCAUCUCCCACCCAACCCCCACCAUGGCGAUCUGAUAAUGGACAACACACUUUACAGUACCCGCCGCAGCCAGCUGCUGUGUGCUUUGAGUUGAGUCCAGAGAUCCUUCUGUCUGAGAGAGAGAGAGGGAGGAUGGCGGAGAGUGUGGAGGCGGAGGACUCCUCCGCCGGGCUGGUUGUCCCUCUCGGAUCAGCGUCCCUUACCCACUCCUGCACCGAUCCUAGACGAGCCCCCGAGGAGGCGCCGGAGGGGGCUGCGGCAGGUGGAGAGUGCGGGGAAGAGGGCACCGAGGGAGGCGGGGACAAUUGCGAUGGCGGUCGAGCCGGGCCCCUGGGAUUAUUGGGCUUGGCAGGGACCUGCUGUGUGUGCAUAGAGAUUGAACAGGUGCGCAGUUGCCUGCGCUCGGAGAAGAUCUGCAUCCUCCCCAUCCUGGCCUGCCUGCUCAGCCUGGCCCUCUGCACCGUCGGCCUCAAGUGGGUCUUUGUGGACAAAAUCUUUGAGUAUGAGCCGCCCACCCACCUGGACCCUGAUCGCAUGGAACAAAACCCCUUCAUCAUCAUUUCUGACCCCACACGGGAUCUGCCAGUGUCUUUUCCCUACCCCUCCCCUGUCCCCAUGCCGACGACCACCACCACAGGACAACCUGAGGUCAUAUUAGAGGGGAAACCCACCGGAGGACCCUUUGUACCCCAGUCCCCCAGGGUGACUCAGUACAGCCCUACUUCUGCAUUGAUGUACCCCACAGACCCGCCCACGCAACCUGGACCCCCUAACACCCCAAAACCAGUGAAAAAGGGAACACCAACCCCCUACACCCAAACUACUGUGGAAUCUAAUGACGUUGUUCUCCCUAAAUUCUCUGCCACCAGCACCACCGCUGUGGUGAAGACCUCAAGCCACAUGACGCGCUGUAGUGACAGCCAGAAAAACUACUGUGUAAACGGAGGGGAGUGCUUCACCCUGGACAUCACCCCUGGAAGGUCCAAGUUCCUCUGCAGGUGUCCAAAUGAAUUUACUGGUGAUCGCUGUCAAAACUACGUAAUGGCCAGCUUCUACAAAGCUGAGGAGCUGUAUCAGAAACGUGUAUUAACAAUAACAGGAAUCUGCAUUGCACUCCUAGUGGUUGGAAUCAUGUGUGUGGUUGCCUACUGCAAAACAAAAAAGCAGAGGAAAAAGCUCCAUGAUCUUCUGAGGCAGAGCCUACGAAAUGAAAGAAACACCAUGGCAAGUAUGGCUAAUGGACAUCCGAUUUAUAACCCUUCACUUGAAAACGUCCAGUUUGUCAAUCAAUUUGUGUCUAAAAAUGCAUUGCCCACACAGCAUCUACUCGUGAAGGAAACGGAAAUGUCUUUCUCCACGAGCCAGUACACAUCAUCAGUGCAUCAAUCGACAACGGUCACCCACACCUCCAGUCAAAGCUGGAGCAACUGCCACAGCGAGAGUGCCUCAUCUCACAGCUGCUCUGUCUUGGUGAUGUCAUCAAUGGAGAACAGCCGGCACGCCACGCCCAUCCACCGGGGUCGUUUGGACGCCACGGGCGGCGCCAGAGACCUGAGUGUCUACCUAAAGAACACCCGAGACACGCCAGACUCCUCCAGGGACUCGCUGUUCAGAGACAGGUAUCCAUCAGCAAUGACCACCCCAACGCGCCUGUCUCCUGUGGAGUUGCUCUCUCCCGUGACCCCGGCCUCCCCUCCUUCUGAGAUCUCGGCCCCACUGUCCAGCCUGGCCACCUCAGUCCCCUCGGUGGCAGUCAGCCCCACUGGCGAAGAGGAGGACCCCCUGCUGUUCACCACCACGCUGUGGCCCCGUGACAAGCCGCCGCGCCCCGACCACCACCACAGCCAGUCCAAAAGGAACUGUGCCCACUACAACUAUGGCCAUAAGGCCCACAGCCCCCCGCCCAGCCCGCUGAGGAUGGUCGAGAACGACAACUACGAGACAACGCAGGAGUACGAGGCGGUCGCCGCCACGGUUGUGGUACCAACCGUUCCCCCGCAAAGCCUCCCUAAAAAACUCACAAACAACAACAAUGGCCGCUGUGCCAAUAGCACAAAGCCCAAUGGCCACACGGCGGGCCACAAAACGGAGUCCAACGACCGAGUCAGCAGUACGGCGAGGAGCAGCUCGGAGAGCGACACGGAGGAGGACUGUUGCGUGGGAGAGGACACGCCCUUCCUGAGUUUACAGGAUUACAUGGCUGCAGGUGUGGAGCCACUCACAGACAGCUGCAGAACUUACCCAGCACUCCGACUCUCCCCACAGGAUGACCUGCAAGCCAGGUUAUCCAGCAUCAUCGCCAACCAAGAUCCAAUUGCUGUAUAAUGUCAAAAAUGUAAAUAUUGCUUAGAAAAAUACUUAAAAUACUUCAAAAAUAAAUAAUAGUCACCACUAAACUUUUAUUUUCUAUAAAUUAAAUAUUUGCAAAAAAAAAGAAAGACAACGUUUAUUUUAGCAAAGUAGUGAAAAAAUAUUUUAUAAAUAAAUAGAAAUGUGUACAAACAUGCUCAUGUCAUGAAAGAAAGUGCCAUAUACACUACUAUAUACCAAUGGUUCAGAGUAUUUCAAUGGAGAAAAAUAUUAAUGGUGCCUUUAAUUUCCAUUUGAUGUGCUUAAGGGAACUGCAUCAUGACUCUGGUCCAUAUAUUCAUAAUUUUCUUCUCGCUGUUGGCGUUGCUACCUGACCCUUAAAACAAAAGAAUCCACCAGCACUAUGGAUUACCUAUAUACCUGUAUGAACUACUCACUGUAAGCUCAAUACAAUGGUAUUCUACUGAAUCUGCGAUAUUGCUUAUGUGUUCAAGUGCAUGUCAUUUCUCCCCAUUUACAUGAAUGCAGUCAUAGUCUACUUACAGAGGUGCAUACAACAAAGUAUUUAGUGUUCACCUAACACAGCACCAACAUUUUAUACACUAUUUCAAGAUUUCCAUACUCACUUUUGGUUGACUCAAAUGGUAAAAUAAAAUGUAUUAUUUAGUA